GCCUUUAAAAGCAGAAAUGCAAGGCUGAAAUCAAACUGGGCUUGUUUUUCCUUCUUCCCCCCGGCAUGAAGAUUCAGUACUGAGGGAAGCUGCUGAAAUGAAAGUCCCAGAACCUCCCUGGAGCAAAAAGGUGGCAAUCCUUAUAGUUCAUCCUCCUCCUUCUCUUCCCUCUCUGCUUCUAAUUGCUGGUCCUUUUUGAAAGUGCCAGCGAUCCCAGCACCAAGCGUUGCAAUUGAUGACAAUCAGCACGGUGCUUUUGCCUGCUGCAAAGGAAAUUGGGUCACCUGAUGUCAUUUUGAUGCCAAGUAAGCAGCCCUCCCCCCUUCCCCCAAGUCAAGGUUUGUCUUCACAGGUUGAUGCAAGAUAAGAAUCUGUCCUGCCAGAUCCAGUUCCCCACUUCUGGGAUUACGGUAACAAGGGUUCUGUUCUCCUAAAUAGAAUUGCUACCUCCAUAAUUCUGCUUUUUGCAUCUCGCAGAACUUACAGGUAUCAGUAGGAAACAGUGUUUUGUCUUGGAUGUGGUUUUGAAUAUUAAAAUGCCAGGCAAAGAAGUCCAUAAGGUGGGGAAUGUGUAGUACCUGUGCUGGUUGUGGUCCCAUCUGCACUAUAAAUAUAUAAAAAGUAUCAUGCCACUUUAAACAGUCGUGGCUUCCCAAAAAGAAAAUCAUGGGAAGUGUAGUUUAAGGGUCCUGAGAGUUGUUAACAGAUCCCUAUUCCCUUCGCCGAGCUACAGUUUCCAGAGUUCCCUGGGUGGAGGGGUUAUCUGUUAAACCACACUGUAUUUCUUUGAGGGGGGUAAAGGUAAAGGGACCCCUGGCCGUUAGGUCCAGUCGUGGACAACUCUGGGGUUGCGGUGCUCAUCUCACUUUACUGGCCGAAGGAGCUGGCAUACAGCUUCCAGGUCAUGUGGCCAGCAUAACUAAGCCGCUUCUGGCGAACCAGAGCAGCGCAUGGAAAUGCCGUUUACCUUCCCGCCGGAGCUGUACCUAUUUAUCUACUUGAACUUUGAAGUGCUUUUGAACAGCAGUCAUUGGCAGGUUGGCAGGAGCAGGGACCGAGCAACAGGAGCUCACCUUGUCGUGGGGAUUCGAACCACCAACCUUCUGAUCGGCAAGCCCUAGGCUCAGUGGUUUAGACCACAGUGCCACCCGUGUGAAGGGGAUAGUAGUCUCCUAAUGACUCUCGGGACCCAUAACAACCUUUACUUCCCAGGAUUCUUUGGGGGAAGCCAUUACUGUUUAAUGUGAUAGGAUGCUGCUCUAGAUGUAUAGUCCAGGUGGGGAUUGUGGCUCAUCUGUGAGUUUUGCUUCCGGCCCAGUUAAGUCUUUGCCCCUCGCUGUAGUAGGAUUGGAUUGUGAGGAAUGCAGAUAGGUGAGUUGAUGGCAGGAAUUUGUGUGGGGCUGCUGUUGUGACUUAACACAAGGUAAAGCAGUGUUAUUCCUUAUGUGGUCCCAAGGGGAGAGGUAUGGAUCUGCUUUGUGAAAGGUUCCAGGAUCUCUCAAACUGUAUUAAUUUACUUCUCUCUUCUUGGCAUCUAUCAGUACUGCUUCUGCUUGAUACUGGCAAAGUGGUUCAGGAGGAAAGACAUUAUUUUUCAGAAACAUUUCCUUUCCUCUUCAUUACUCCAUAGGUGCGUUUAGACCAAAGUGGAAGAUUCUAUAAUGCUCACAUCCAAGAAGUCCAGUCUCCAAAUGGACCAGUUGUUGUUUUUGUGGAAGAGCUUGGUGCCAAGCAUUCCGUACUCCUGAAGAACCUUAAGCCAAUCCCACAAGCAGCUCCUCUGGAAAGCUGGAACACUGUGCCAGGGAAGAAGAUAAAAAAGCCAAUUUCACCACAUGGGCAGUUUAGUCAUUUUGACGGAGACUUCAGAGGGUCAAAGAAUCCAAACAAGCCAAUGAAAAACCCAUCAGGGCUGCCUCCUCGACUGCAUGGCACAAGGCAGCAUCACAUGUCCUGCCCUGGGAUUUAUUUCCAGCAAACUUCUCCUGAACACAGCACUCCAGGCAGAAAUCCCUCGCAGGCAUUAAGAAGGGCAGGUCGUGAGAGAACAGAAGACUUGGAGUAUACGAACAGCAGAGAUUGUAACUACUUUGGCCUUUCUCCAGAGGAGCGCCAGGAGAGAGAGGCCAUAGAGGAAACACAUUCACUUUAUGAGAUUCAGUUCUGGGAUGAAGUAGCCUUUCCUGCGCUUUCGAACCCAUCAGUGUCUCAGGCAGCUACUCAAACAACUGAUAACACUGGAUGGAGAAAACACCGAGCAUCUAAUGGAGGAGGAGGAGGAAGAAGAAGAAGUAGUUUGAAAGAAGAGAAGGGAAAAAGCAAAAAUGCGGAAGCAAAAGAGGAAAAAGAAUGUAACCCUGGGCAGAUCCUCAUAGAUCAGAAUUUUGAGCCAAAAAUGUCUGAGAACCAUGGAGAAGCUUCACGAAUAUCGCCUCCCUCAGGUCAUGGGGAUUCGCAAUCCCCAUUUUUGGAACAAAGCUUCCAGGAACACAUACCAGGCGUGACUCCUCCUCCAUCUUUGGCCUUUCACGAGAUGCAUUUGCCUCCUCCAGUGCCUUCUGUGCCAGCUGUUGUGCCAGCUUGGCCAAAUGAGCCAACAACCUAUGGACCAACAGGUCUUCCACCUCAAAUACCCGUGUCCUCGGUGAUGCCAACACCAGUGACUGGGCUAGAUCCCACUCUGUCCCCAGUCCAUGUGACCUCCAGUCCAGUUACUGGCAUUCCAGUAUCGCUCCAAGCAGUGAACCAGCCUCUAAUGCCUGUGCCUCAAACCAUGAACCUUUACCAGGACCCACUUUACCCUGGAUUCCCUCUAAACGAAAAGGGGGAGCGAGUCGUUGCACCACCUUACUCCUUGUGCAGCACAGGGGAGGAUCUUCCCAAUGAUAAAAAUAUCCUCCGAUUUUUCUUCAACCUUGGUGUAAAGGCGUACAGUUGCCCCAUGUGGGCCCCUCACUCGUAUCUGUACCCUCUUCAUCAGGCUUGCCUAACAGCCUGCCGAAUGUACCCAAAGGUGUCCCUGGCAGUGUAUUCCCACAACCCUUGGAUGCAAGAGGUUUCUUUAUCUCAGAAUGGAAAUGAAGCUGCCCGAAUAGACGGACACUUGCCUGGGCAGAAUGAAGUUGGAAUGAAUGGCCAGAGUCCACAGACUGACACCCGGCCUCCAUCUGUGCCCCUCUUCAUACCUGCUGCUCAAGUGCCUGAAAGCCAAGGACUUGUCUGUGUAGAGUCUGAGAAUCUAGGGCAAGGCCUUCCUGCUGAAUACGACGAGUCCUUCGGGGGCCAAAGCAUGUUCCCACAACCUCCGUUUGGGCAGAAUCAAUUUCUAGGACCUGUUCCUGUUGCACCAAUGUACUCUCAACUUUGGUAUGGGUAUCCUGUUCAGGGCUAUGUUGACAAUUCUGGGGUGAGACAAGUGGUUGUGCCCCCUGUGGACAAGAGAGCUGAUGCUGGCUUGCCUAAGGAGAGCCUUGCUGCAGCGACGGGAUAUGCCGAGUCGUUUCAGAAGGCAAGGAGUGAAAACAGCAUCCAAGGCUUACCUCUCUCUGCAGCCACUCCAAAGAGUGACUGUAAUGUUCUAAAUAAAACCUCAACCAGAGUGCCUAGGGAGAAGCAGGCUUGUCCUGCUGCGCCAUCUGCUACACAAGCAGAGUCUCUACUCCAAAACCCAUCCACAGAGAUGCAGGACAGCAGAAGACAGGUGGUGUCAACACCAAAAAGAGAAUUGAAAAACUCUGCUUUUAGCCAUAAAGAGAAGAAUGACCAAGCCAGUGCAGGCCUGGAGGAUUGUCGGGUACAAAGGCCAAGGGAAGAGAGUUCUGAAGAUGAGCAUGAAGUGUGUGAUAUGCUGAGGAGUGGCCGGUCAAAACAGUUUUAUAACCAAACGUAUGGAGGUGGCAGAAGGCCUAGAGGUGAAUGGGGCUACCCUCUUGGACGGGGGGGAUACAAUUACUCAAGAAAUGAAGAAACCUGGAGGGGACCACACAGCAGAAGCAGAGAUGAUGGCUUUCAGUAUCAUCGCAAUUAUAGAGGAAGGCCAUAUCGGAAUGACAGAAGAAGAGCAAACAUGGGAGAUGGCUAUCGUGGGCAGCAGCUGCCUUAAGAGUACUUCUUCCAGAAGACGUCAACAUGCACAUGAAUGUUGACAGCUGAAAUGUGCCCAAAGGUUUCCCCUUUGUUUUCUUUGAAGAGUGAUGUGAGGCCCAAGGGGAAUAACCUCAUGAGUGUUAAAUAACACUUGGAAAUUAAAAAAUAAAUGCUAGUUGGUUUAUUUAAAUUCAGAAAACUAUUAUAAACGAUUGUGUUUAAAAUAUUGAAAGAUAGGUUUGGUGUUUGGACUUUUUCUUUGGAAUUUAUAAUAGAAAAAAGUGGCUACAAUGGAAACCUACUACGGUUGGGUAUUUUGACAGAUGACAGUGAAGAAUGUUGAACCAAAUAGAAUGUAUGUCCUCGCAUACUGCAUCUUGGGUCUAAACACUUGUAGCUUCCUGGACAGUUGACUUCGAUGUGCUUCCAAUCCAAAGGCCUUUCAUCUCAAUAAUCUGUGAAACUUGAACAUGUGAGGUUGCGUUUUGCUUCAGGAUGCCACAUAUGGUAGUCAACUAUCCUUGUGUGUCCUAGGUGGUUGAUAGUGUCUUACUCAUAGGGUAAAAAAAUAUUUUUUAAUUUUAUAAAGCAUUUCUUGAACUUGUAAAAAGCAAUCGAGAAUACUCGUGUAUAAACUGGUAGGAAGUUGUGGUGAAUUCUUCCAGGCAGUCUUAACACUGGUAUGAUUGUAAUGGUGCCUAUGCCGACUGUGUACCCUCGACAAAAGUAGAUGCUGUGCAUUUCCAAAAUAGUUUUGCAACUGUUACAACAGAACUUUUAAGAUACUUUUGCACUGACAAAUCCUUGAAACACUUGCUACGUGAGAAAUGCAUGGGCUAGAUCUAAGCUUCCCUUUUCUGUUUAAGCUUAGGCAGUGAGUUGCUGUUAAGCCUCCUCUGCCCCUUUACACUGUGGAAAUGUUUGUAUUGUUUGUUCUUGCCUUUUUUUAAAGCCUCCUUUCUGCCUAUAUAUAAUAUAUAUAUAUAUAUAUAAAGCCUGGUUGCCCAUCUUUGAGUGGGAAAUUUCUAACUUACACUAUCAAUCUGGUUGCUUUCUUUUGCCUUACAAAGCACUGAAAUAUGUGCUCCAUUUUUUCCCUCUGUAAAGUUGGACUGUGUAUAUUUGUGUGUGCAUAUCAGUGGAGAAGGUGAUGGCUACUACUAUUUUGUGUCCAAGAGAUUGUAUAAUUUCCAUCGGGAGACUUGAAUGAUACUGUUUAUGAAUACCCUUCUGAUGUAUGCUAUAAUUAAAAAAGUUUUGUUUUUCUGAAUUUUUUUAUAUGGUGUGAGUGGUUUUUAAACAUCUACUUGAUAACUAGGUAACUGAAACUCAAGUGUAGACUAGGAAGCUGAGUAAAGUUUAGCUUACAACAACUUUGCAACUAAAGCUUAAUACCUAGUUUAAAAAAAAAACAGGAAUAGUUGGGAUUGGCAGAGCAUAUGGUAUUUUCUCCCACCCUCCCCCGAAACAAAGAUGUACUCUGCCAAGCUCAUAUUCCCAGUAUGUUUGCACUUCUGUCUCAGUGACGUUUACGUUGGCUUGGUCAUGGGCACAGAAUGGAAGAUGGCAGGAUUCCCAAGAAUGUGCUCUUUGGGAGCUGGCAGCAGGCCUGCUGCCAGACAAACUAUUAUAGCCUGCAAAUGUGACAUGAAGGCUGACGACAUUAACCCCGCUAUGUGGGAAUCCUCUGCAGAUAACCUCAGUGCUUAGAGACCAGAGGAGAAAUGACUGCUGGGAGAGCACAGAGAGAAGAAAUGUAAUGGUACACAUGUAACAGUGAAAAUGGAUGCCUUCAGCUGCCCCCAGCUUCAAUAAAAUAUUUCUCUCCUGCAUUGGUCUCUAGCCACAGCAAGUGCUGUAACACUCCAAUAGUUUGACUUCACCCCUAUUGGUGCACUAGCUGUGUUAAUAUAACAUGUGAUAAGACACAAUUACACGGGCCUUGCAGAACCCUAUAGGGCUCUCUGUUGUGAACCUUUCCAGAUUUAAUAUAUAGACCCUAUGAAAGGAGAAAAUGCAAAUAACUUUUAAACAUGAAAGCAAGUACAUGUGUACCAGCUCCGUAAUCCAAAGGUAGAGGGAUCAAAUGGGACUAGGAGACUAAUGUUCAGGACGGUCUUUUCUCAUUACAAUGACUUAUAUACUGGAAUUAGUUUAAUGCAUUAGUCACAGAACCUCAAGGGAGAAACUAGACUAACAACUCAUGAGUGAUCUUGCUUGUCAAGGACUAUGCAUGUUUAAGCCUUUGCAAUCUGAUCACUGACAUUCAAACAAUAAUUGUAGAUUUAGAUGACAUUUAUUUAUGAAACCCUCAUUUACAGAGAGUCAAUCUUUUAAAAUAAGCAAUUUCUAUAUCUUGACUUUUUGUAAACCAUCUUGUACAGAAAACAGCUCAAAGACUUAAAAUUGGAAACAUGUCAGCAUUUGGUACAUUAAUAAGUUAGGUUUGAACCAAAAUAU